AUGGCUCAUCAUCCCAUCACCGUCACCCUCCCUGAGAGACGGACUCCAAGUAUCUCUGGUUCGGAGUCAGUCAAGUCCGACGACAGCGGAGAAAGUCGAGACACUGAUGACCAUCUCAAGGUGGCCGCGUUCGAAUCAAAAAGGGGACCUUCGCCCACUCGUCUGAAAAGGAGUCACAACAAAGUCAGGACCGGCUGUAUUACGUGUAGACAAAGAAGGGUGAAAUGUGAUGAGGCUCAACCAACAUGUCUGCGAUGUGCCAAAGCCGGUCGAUUUUGCGAAGGUUAUACACAGUCACGAACUUGGUUGUUCGACCCAAAUACAGGAGCUCCACACCACGACCUCCCUUUUGCCUAUAACACCUUUGACACCAGCCCUAUACAACCUUUCCUAGAGGAGGUUGAUAUCAGCAGAAUCUUGAAAUUCUUUAUCGACUAUACCGCUCCACAUCUCGCAAACUAUUUUGCUGAGAUGAUAGAUUCUUUUGUGGCAGAUAAGACUACAGCCAUGUACUCGGCAGCUCAAGCCUGGACGUUUUGGAACAAGCUUGUGAUACAAACCAGUGAAACACAUCCUUGCAUCCGUUACAGCAUUGUCGCGCUCGGCAGCUUACACGAAUGGAAUGAAUUGAGCAGACGAACUCCCUGGCAAAACACCACCUUCACCUGCAACUACACCAAAGCAAUCACAGAAAUCAAUUCAAGCCACACUCCUCUUCCUGUCGAAAUCCUCCUCAUUUCAUGCAUACUGUUCGCACACUGCGAAUAUUUGAUGGGAGCUUCCGCAGCUGGACUUGUGCAUCUGAAGUCUGGCUAUCGCAUCAUUUCGGAACACAAGAAAAAGCAGCUGCCACUCUCUGCCGAGGUUUCUGACCAAAUUGAACCGAUCAUGAGAUGCUUGAUAGCGAAAGCAGAGUACUAUAAACUAGAAGAAGAGGUGAGCACAGAUCAAAGUGGCUCAGAAGAAACUACAUAUAUCUCCCCCGAGAUGGUUCAUACCUUUCGAGAUCUGACUGAAGCCAACAAAUUUGUUGAGCAGGCGUUAUAUUGGGUGCUGCUACUCGAUCUGGGCCAGCCACAUUAUCUCAUGUCAAAGAUUUCUGUUGUCCGAAAGUAUGUCAACGACUGGGCAACUGCUUUUGGGCGUUGGAAAGCUGGUCAAGCACAUGAUGAUCCAGAAUUGAAAGAUUGGCAACUCCUCCUCCUCUCUCAUCACCGCAUGGCCCUCCUCCUCCUCCGCUCAUUGCCACCAGAGAAUGACAAGGCGUAUGGGCGCGCGGCAUCGGAUUUUCGUAUCAUGUUUGCACAGCUUCGGACUUUCUUGAGAAGCGCCCAUCCUGGUCUGGAGCAACCGCACGAGAGCAGGGAGCUUCUGAAUAUGCACCUUGGCUACAUCGCGCCACUCUUCUUCAUUGCUACUCAAUGUAGACUGAGUGAUAUACGCCGCAACGCUCUUGACGCACUAAAGGGCUUAAAGGUCGCCGAAGGCCGCUGGAAUAGCUGUGUUGCUUAUACAAUUGCCAAGGCAGUAAUAGGGAUUGAGGAGUCACUAGCAGACACGAGUCCGGCACGAUUGACAAGGGUGAAAAUCGAAUCUGUCGACCGAUCAGGUGAUGGCGCUCUAUCAAUACAAUAUUAUAAAGUUCCUGGAAGAGGAAUGCCCGAUGACAGUGGGUCUCUGAGGGUGGACGUCGAUUGCUGCGCCGAUGAGGCUGAAAUGAAAUGGGUGAGCCUGACCUACAAAUCAUUUUCCGAUGGUAGCUGA